AUGUCGUUUUCUACCCUGGUGGUGGGUAUUUUCUACCUUGCGGGUGUUUCUGCCGCUUCUGUUUCGAGGCAGAUACAGCUUGGUGAUCAUGAGUACUUUGUUCCUCCGACUGCAGCGUGGACAUUGGAUUCGUGGGACGCUGAGGUUGAUGCUGACGAGUUUACGCCGUUGACGGUGGUCAAGUUGAACGGGACGGCAAAGGCUGAGCGUGUUGCCGCUGCGCUGGGGGAGUAUGAGAAGGAUGAUGUAUGGACCAAGGAGUUUACCCAGGCUUUGUACAUCAAGUCCGAUAAAGAAGUUGCCUUCAACUCCUCCAAGUACAACGUUUCAGCGGUAUACACAGGCCAAAAGUCGGUCCCUGCUGGCCCAUACUUUGUGCAUCGCUACACGGGCAAUGUCUUCCAAGCAUAUCGUCUCUAUGUCGACACAAACCAAGCCUUCAUCCAAUCCACCUACCAAGACCCCUCCGGAACCCACCAUCCUCUUCGCGCCGGCGCCCUCUCCGCUGGAGGUCUCACGAUAGCCGUCCCAUCGCGUCUGUACUACACCCCCACGAAAGAUAAACCUCUCGCCGGUCUUCGUCUCGGUGUCAAAGAUCUAUACGACCUCAAAGGAGUCAAGACAAGUGGAGGAAACAGAGCUCUCUAUGAAAUGAGCGAUGUCAAGACCAAGACUGCCGUAUGCGUACAGAAACUCAUCGAUGCCGGCGCUGUAGUCGUUGGAAAGAACAAAAUGUCCGAGUUUGCUUUUGCUGGCGGAUACGUCACCGAGCAUAUCGACUACCUUCUCCCCUUCAAUCCUCGAGGUGACAGUUAUAACUCGCCUGGCGAUAGCUCCGGUGGGUCUGCUGCAGCUGUCGCUUCGUAUGACUGGCUUGAUGCUAGCAUGGGAAGUGAUACAGGCGGUAGUAUCCGUGGUCCUGCACUCCAGAAUGCUGUUCACGGGAACCGUCCUACACAGGACGCUGUCAACCUGACAGGAGCUCUUCCUCUUUCAUCCGCCAUGGACACCUCGGGUAUCAUUGCUAGGGACCCUGCCAUUCUAUCCAAGUUCACCCGAUCUCUUUACGCUGGCACGAUUAGAGAGUAUUCUGGGUUGCCGUCUGAAGUCCUCCUUGACAGCGGUAGUGAAAGGUUUCUCCUCAACCUUGAAAGAGACUCCCCGAAGGCGGCGACAGCGGUAGGGGAGUUCUUAAACAGUCUCACAAGUCUACUGUCUACCGAUGGCAGUGUCUUCUCGAUUGACUCAGCCUGGAAAAGCUCUACACCAAAGGCAUUCAGCGAUGUGGACCUCUCCAAUAUGGUGGGCAGUGUCUACUUGAACUUGACUACCUAUGAACAGUGGAACGAGUUUGGUCAAGAGUAUGUUGAAGAGUACAAGAGUCUUCACGAUGGUGCAUUCCCUCAUAUGGUGCCUGAGAUUCGCGAAGGGUGGAUGAACGCCAAUGAGACAAUGACUAAGUUGACUCAUGAAGAUGACUUGGCGUCCAAGAAAGGAGUCGAGGACUGGGUCGCCAGCGAGUUCUUGACUGCUGAUAACAAGAGCUGCUCUAAUGCUAUCUACGUCUAUCUCUCAGCCAGCUAUCCUUCAUACAAGCCUGAUGUUUCCCAAGAUGGCUCCAACCCGUAUAUCCGGGAGCUUCUACAAGCCAGUUCUAAACAGCAAUCCCUCAUCACCCAGCUCAACACCACUGUCAACUGCAACUCCACUCUUGGAUCAGAAGAAGCUUGCGAGGAAUCCUUAGAGGCAGAGGCAAACUCCAACAACUCAGGCUCUCAGACUGUAUAUGCCGGAAGACUAGCCUCUGUCGCAGGACUCCCAGACUACGCAGUCUCACUCGGUAUGUUCGACCUCGGGCAAUUCUCCAAUUCGACACUCCAAAAGGAGCUUGUUCCCGUAGGAGUCAACAUAAUGGCGGCAAAAGGCUGUGACUUUGUAAUUCUCAACAUCAUCGAGGCACUCCACAAAGAGGGUGUUAUCAGGACAGCCAAGACUGGCACGGUAUCAUCGCCACGAUUAUUUAAGUUCAACGUUGUUCUGGCCUUGUUUCAUCAAUCAAUCUUGUCUUUACUACCUGAAUCAAUGGGUCUCCGUCAAGAAAUUCUUCUCGUUGCCUUUGCGGCACUGGGAUUAUGUCUCUUUGCUGUGUAUGAAUGGAUGCGCAAGGGAAAGACUGCUGUCAAAACGGACAUCGAAUGGAAGACUCCUUCGCCAAAGCCACUGAUUGACUUCGAUCUGGAUGCUAAGAAGCCUGAGCUAUACCGACCCUGUCGCCAUGGACCCAAUCACGUCACCAUGGGCAUUCGAAAGAUGGACUGGAACAAUUGGAUUGAGAUGGACUCCAACUUUCUCUGGUAUCAUGACCUAAAGGUUUCUGAGCUCGAGAAAGACAUUGAUGCGCAUGUUCAAUAUCUUGACGACGCUGUCACUCGGGAUGCCUGUUUUGAGGUUCUGGAGGAGCUGACUGCAUACUUGACUGUUCGGUAUCCCAAGAUCUUUCAGCUCAGCAAUGGUAUUCUUCGCAAUACUUUGACCAAGGAGGAAUUCACCUACCCAGCCAAUACGCCUAAGGAAGCGAUGGCAACAGCUACCAAACUCGUCCAGGACGAUCUUAUCAUCAUGGUUGAAGAAGACGAUGGUCAAUACCACCUCGAUGCUGGAGCUGUUUGUCUCCCUGGUUUCUGGCGAUUGAGCGAAAAGUUCAGAAUGUCUCUAGACACUCUACACAUUGAAGCCAAGGUUCCUCACUACCAGUCGAAGCUGCAAAAGUCUAUGAACCGCUUUUUCAAGACGAUGCAGCCAGAUAAAGCAGUGAUCCGUAACAACUUCUUCAUUCAACUCGACGAUGGUCUCCACUGGUCCCACCGCAUGGGUGAUCAAGACAGCAACGAAGUAGCUUCCUGGGAAACGGCAAAUGACAAGGGUCUUACCAUCAACGACCUCUACUUCCGCUCUGAGAGACAGUCCCUCCGACGACUUCCUCGAUCUAAAGCUCUUCUCUUCACGGUGCGCACAUACUUUGAGCAAGUCACCAAAAUCGCACAAGAGCCCCAUGUACCAGGGCGUCUCGCUGAGGCGAUUGAGAACUGGGAUGAGGCAGCUUCAAAGUACAAGGGCAAACAUCACUGGGCGGAUAUUCUCUUGCCGUAUUUGCACGAACAAGACAAUUUGCAGAAGAAAUCAGGAGUAUUGGAGAAAGUUCCAGAGGGAAGCUUCCCAUACUAG